AAAACAGUCUUUUCUAAAAAUAGCUACAACCGCGCUCGCAGCGGAAAAUCUGGUCGUAAAGAUAUUUACCUUCACACCGAAGCCAAGAGCUCGUACACAGUGGUGGCACUCAAACCAAACACCAUAACAUACACAUGUUACUGAUGGAAGCUGAAUUCCACAGAAUCCUUUCCCUGUCACUGAAACAAAUGGAAUCUGUUGAAGGGAUUUGCUGAAAACAGGAGAUCUCAAGAAACAUUUUUGUUGACACGUUGGUAAUAAGUGAUCACAAGAAAGACCCCAUAAUUGCAACCCUGUAAACUGGUGAUCACAAGAAAGACCCCAUAAUUGCAACCCUGUAAACUGGUGAUCUCAAGAAAGACCCCAUAAUUGCAACCCUGUAAACUGGUGAUCACAAGAAAGACCCCAUAAUUGCAACCCUGUAAACUGGUGAUCUCAAGAAAGACCCCAUAAUUGGACCCCUGUAAACUGGUGAUCACAAGAAAGACCCCAUAAUUGGAACCCUGUAAACUGGUGAUCUCAAGAAAGACCCCAUAAUUGGAACCCUGUAAACUGGUGAUCACAAGAAAGACCCCAAAAAUAAUUGGAACCUUGUAAACUGGUGAUCUCAAGAAAGACCCCAUAAUUGGAACCCUGUAAACUGGUGAUCUCAAGAAAGACCCCAUAAUUGGAAACCUGGAAAUAGGAGAUCUCAAGCAAGAACAUGUUAUUGGAACCCUGGAAACAGAUGGUUUGGAGAUCCUGAAAAACAUAGUGGUCCAACAAAGCACUAUCAUGUACAUGUUGGAGAGCUCGGAAACAUUUUCUGAAUCAGGUGACUCGAGAAGGCCAAUGCUCUGUCACAGUGGAAUCAAGACUUAUGAGUGUGCUGAAUAUCAGAAAACAUUCACACUGUCAGAUAAUCUUCAGACUCACAUGAAGAUUCACAGUGGAAUCAAUGAAUGUGUUGAAUGUGGGAAACCAUUCACACUGUCAGCUGAUCUUCAGACACACAUGAAGAUUCACAAUGGGAUCAAACCUCAUCAGUGCAUUGUGUGUGAGAAAACAUUUACACAAGCAUAUGACCUUAAGACACACAUGAGGACUCACACUGGAAUCAAGCCUCACGAAUGUGCUGAAUGUGGGAGAAAAUUUGCACGUUCAAGUACUCUUCAGAAACACAUGAAAAUUCACAAUGGGAUCAAACCUCAUCAGUGCAUUGUGUGUGGGAAAACAUUCACACUGUCAUAUAAUCUUCAGAGACACAUGAAGAUUCACAGUGGAAUCAAACCUCAUGAAUGUGUUGAAUGUGGGAAGAAAUUUACACAAUCAAGUAGUCUGCAGAGACACAUGAGGAUUCACAGUGGAAUGAAACCUCAUGAAUGUGUUGAAUGUGGGAAGAAAUUUACAGAAUCAAGUAGUCUGCAGGCACACAUGAGGAUUCACAGUGGAAUCAAGUCUUAUGAAUGUGUUGUAUGUGGGAAGAAAUUUACACAAUCAGGUACCCUGCAGAAACACAUGAGGAUUCACAGUGGAAUCAAGCCUUAUGAAUGUGUUGAAUGUGGGAAGAAAUUUACACAAUCGAGUCACCUGCAGGCACACAUGAGGAUUCACAGUGGAAUCAAGUCUUAUGAAUGUGUUGAAUGUGGGAAGAAAUUUACACAAUCAGGUACCCUGCAGGCACACAUGAGGAUUCCCCAAGGAAUCAAGCCUAGUGAAUGUGUUGAAUGUGAGAAACAAUUUACACAAUCAGGUCAGCUGCAGGCACAUAUGGGUAUUCACGGUGGAAUCAAACCUCAUCAGUGCAUUGUGUGUGAGAAAACAUUUACAUACUCCAAUAGUCUGCAGACACACAUGAGGAUUCACACUGGAAUCAAGCCUUAUGAAUGUGUUGAAUGUGGGAAGAAAUUUACACACAUAAGUAAUCUGCGGACACACAUGAGGAUUCACAGUGGAAUGAAACCUCAUGAAUGUGUUGAAUGUGGGAAGAAGUUUACACAAUCAGGUCAGCUGCAAGCACACAUGAGGAUUCGCCAAGGAAUCAAGCCUAGUGAAUGUGUUGAAUGUGAGAAACAAUUUACACAAUCAGGUCAGCUGCAGGCACAUAUGGGUAUUCACGGUGGAAUCAAACCUCAUCAGUGCAUUGUGUGUGAAAAAACAUUUACAUGUUCCAAUAUACUCUGCGGACACACAUGA